AUGUAUGCCUCUCUGAAAAGGGUGUGAUUGAAAAAAAAAGAACAUUAUACUCCUAUUUAAUUUCUCUAAAACAAAAUUGCUUAAAGGUGCACUAACAUUUCUGAUUUAGGGUGUGCACCUGCUUGUCUCCCUGGAGAUGCAAUUGCUUCACCAAGAAUGCUCCACAGUAUAGCACCAAACAUCCAUCUCCAUGUGAACAAGCAGGUGACUCCACUGGACCAAGUUACAAGUUAGAUCUGAUUAGAAACGUUGUAGUACCAAUUUAAAUGUACCUUUUCUAUAUUUCUACAUAUUGCCCUAAUCUAAUUUUAUCCUGACCAGCUAAAGUAUUCCUAGACUAUUAUUUGUCAUGACUUUGUUGCAGGUGCCUGUCUCUUUAAGGCGAGCCGUCCAAUCAGCUCAUCACUAGAAGCAUAACAGCUAACAGGCUAGCAGCGGUACGAGCCGUAUGCAGAACAUGCAGCAGAUUUAGCAGGGAAUUUAAGGUCCAUCCUGCUGUAAAAAACUUCAGACAGUUCAUAGGAGACUGUCCAGACCCCAUUUGGUGGAUGUUAGCUAUGUCUUAUCAGUGACUGUGAGGAGGAUGGGAGGAAGCGGAUCCAAGUCGAAGGGGGCGAGCUCUGGUUCUGGAGCGGACACGACCUCGGUGGGCAGCGAGCAGUCUGUGGCACGACUCAAAGGAGCACGAAAUGCAACACCUUUUGUCUUUACCAGAAGGAGCUCCUUGUACUUUGAUGAAGAUGGUGAUCUCGCUCAUGAAUUUUAUGAAGAAACUGUUGUGACCAAAAAUGGCAGAAAAAAAUCAAAGUUGAAAAGGAUACAGAAAAACCUAAUACCCCAGGGAAUAAUAAAACUGGACAUUCCCUGUAUUCAUGUAGACUUUCCCAUCAUUCUCUGUGAAGGCUGAACAAUAUCAAAGGAUUAAGGACUUAUGUGGGGCCCUCCUACACAGCUCUUCUCAACCCUGUGACUGUAGGCUCGAGAACAUUGCCAUUUGCACGGACUCAACAGCACUACAAGAUGUUACAUACAUGGAUUUUGUUAUAUUAGCAGGACUACACAAAUCAUAUCUUUAUACUGUUUAUUUGUUAAAACUAAGUAGAUGCCGUCUUCCCUCUCAAAAUGUUGUGUACGCAGGUUUACAUUGACAGGUGAAAUGAAAUUCAUUUAGGGCUGCCACUUAUAAUUAUUUUUAUUCUUUCAAUUAAUUGAUUAGUUGUUAAGAGAAGCAAAAGGCUACUGAACAUGAGAUUUUUUACAAAAUUUUACUCAAAUAAAGCUGAAAUGAAGCCGCUUGAGGUAAUCUUGAUGGAGUAUAUUUACAGACAGACUGAAAAUGACUUCCAGAUGUCAGUUAAAACGUGUUGUCCAGAUGACUACCUUUGAAAACAGACUAUUUCAACAAAAACACAAAUAAAAAAAACUAUUCUCUCAGCUCAUGGCAUGUUUGGAGUUUGUUUAUAAACCAGUUUACACUUAUUCAGUUACUAAAUUAGUCAAUGAUUAUUUCAAUAACUGAUUAGUUGCAGUUAAUCAAUUAUUUGUUGCAGCCCUAAAUGAAAUUUCUUUUCAUUGUGGCAUUUCAUAGUUUGAUGUUAGAGGUAUAAUACAGCAAGUGAAGAUUUUGUGGUCAAAGUUAAUUUGUUGGCAAGUGUAAGGAAUAAACCAGGAUUAAAAGGUAAUGAAGGGAAUGAUAAGGAAAUCCCCCAAAUUGUUCUUGUGAGGUGGUCCUGAGUAGCAAUUGUCAGUAUCGAUAAAAACACUCCAAAAAGCUACUGUGGUCAAUUUGCGGCAGGUGGUGCGUGUAGGUAGUCUGGUAAACCAUCUGAGUUUACAGCAACAACAAAAAAGACAUUGUAACUGAGCAAGCAGGCAGAUAGUUACAAGUCCUAAAGAUGCACUGUGUGGUGUCUCCCGCUUGCCUCCAUGGAGAUGUUACUGCUUUGACUGUAAUGUCCCACAGUAUGGUAUUAAAUGUGUCUAUCAUAUCUUCAAUUACAAGCAUUACAUUGCUCAAAAAUGCCUUGGAAUAACAUGCAUUAUUGCUGUGAAUGGGUUAGCCUUUUCACAGUUCAGACAUGUAAUUUGGUUGAGUACCACUUGCUUGUCACUAUGGAGGUAGGCAAGUUUAAAGCCAUACUGUAGAACAUUCCAAGAGGACAGGUACAGUAUAAUGGUGUCAAAAUGGAUACUGUGUAACUGGUCUUAAUAGAAAGUCACGAAACCAAGAACAUUUCAUCCGACUGUUUGAAGAAAACACAUGUGAUGGUCUUCCUUGUGUUAGACUUUGUUUGUGUUUUUGUAACUGUUACAACACAUUUUGAUGUCCAAGAAUAUUCUCUAGAGGUUUGGACUGAUGGUUUGUGAAGUUCUGUUGUAAAAAUGUUACUGUCAUUACAUUACUUGGGGUCAGACCUGCACUAGUGAACAUAGUGUACAGUAUAUUAUAAAGUUUUUAUUCUAAAUACUUGAAUAAAUGGUUUGCUGAGCCACUCA